UUAUUUUCUAGAAUCUUGGCCACAAAUUUUCAUACUUUGUACAUUGUCUGCCUUUGAAUUAUAACAUGAAUAACAAUGAUAUAGAUGUCCUUAAUGACCUGAUAAAUUUCUGCAUAUCAGACACAAAAACACUUUACUCAUACAGCUUACUACAUGUAUUUACAGAAAAAAGGAACCAUUAUCACACGCUGAAAUUUCUCCACCAGAUGGGCCAAUGCCUGAACUGGACAGUUCAAACAUUUCCCUGGCAACAGCAAGUAAAUUAACAAAAAGAAAUUCAAAAAUAAACAAUGCAGAUUUUUCUAAAUUUGUUAAAAUCGGAGAUAAGCGGUAUAAAUGCCUGAUAUGUCAUGCUGAAGCAACAUUCAAAUGGAGCAUUAUUAGACAUUUAAUACGGCAUGACAAACAAAAAAAUUGUUUGGAAUGUCCAAUUUGCUUCCAGAAGAACUUUAUUUACCCAAAGGAGUUGGAAAACCAUAUCAAAGUAGAGCAUAUGGGUAUCAAACCAGUGUGUGAAGAAUGUGGUAUGCAGUUCAAAAGUACAUUCACAUUAAAGAGGCAUAUAAGGAGUAUCCACAAAAAGGGAGGUAAAGACAUCAUUUGCGAUGAAUGUGGCAAACACUACCAAAGACAAGAUUCAUUUCUUGACCAUCAAAGAAAACAUCACCAGGGAGUUACUCUUCCUUGUGUUUCCUGCAAUAAAGGAUUUGCUAAUGCUAGUAAUAAAAGACAACAUGAAGCAAUAUGCGGAAAGACGCUUGGUGUAGUGUGUGAAAUAUGUAGUAAAGUAUUUAAAUCCAGAAAGAUUUGUAAUCGACACAUUAAAGAUGUACAUACUCAACUUGAGCCCCAGCUUCAUAUGUGCAAUGAAUGUGCAGCUACUUUCAAAUACAGGAAAAGUCUGUUGAGGCAUGGUCGUAUGAAAGGACAUAAUAUUGAUAACACCGUAGAAUAA